AUGGAUGAAUCAUCCGAAGUUUUAGACCUACCGGUUACUAAAGAACUUAGCAGAGAGCUUAUUUCGAGUGUUGUACGAGAGAAUGGUGGUUUAGAUAUUGAUAAACUAUUACUUGACAACAACUUUCAAUAUGUGUCUCUAGAUGAACUAUCGUACGAGGUUUCUGCCUUAAAGCUUUCUAUGGAGCAAUCGUUACUGGAUGAGAUCAAUGAGAGUUAUCCAGAGUACAUGGAGAUCUGUUCGAAAUUUGAAACAAAGGAGAACAAUGAAGUACUCGAUAAACUAAAGCAGGUGCUGCAUGACCUCCAGCAGUUUGAAAGAAAAUUGGGUCAUUUAAGUGAGACUACAGUAUCUGAAACAAGGGAGAAAACUGUUACAGUCCUUUCGUAUAUGAAGUCGCUCGAUAAUAUGCUAGAUCAACUAGAUGAUAUUAACAAGCUGUCUGAAUCCCUAAGGGUAUGUCAGCAGCUUCUUUCCUCUCUCCAGUCCAUGUCACAACUGCAAAUGAAUGAUGAGAUUUCUUUUGAAAUAGCAAAACAGCUUUCUCUAAUACUGAUACGUUGCGAUUAUAGAUUUAGGCAUUUGGAAGACAAUGAUUCUCCCCUGGUGAUGAGAAUGAGGAACGAUUUCAAAAGCAUUUUGGAGGCUUCCAAUUCUCUAUCAAAGCCAAUUCUUGAGAGACGGAUCAUUAGUAAGAAAAAUGGCAAUGGAGAUCAAAAACCUGUUGCGUAA